GCGUGACGUGGCGCCCGCAGCGGCGCGGGCCCGCCCCGCUCUCUCGGACACGCAAGGCGGGCGUGGGGCGCGCGCAUGCUCGGCAGGCGGGGCGGCUGGGGUCUCUGGACGCUGCAAUCUGUUGCGCCGCCGCCCUCGGGAGCCGGCAGAUCCGGGUCUGGUGGCUAAGAGUGACGUGGUCAAUCGACUCAAAACAGAGGAGGGGGAGGAAGCCGGCGGCCAGGAGCGGCAGCGGCGGCGGCGGCGUCCGGAGCAGCCGCAGCGUUCCGGAAGCUCCGGGCGGUCUUUCUGCCGAGCCUCGGUCCCGGCCCCGAGCCUCCCCGCCCCCUCGGUUAUUGUCUGGGCGGAUUUAAACAGUCAAGCAAAAUCCAGCUGGGUAAUCAUGGCAGAAGGUGGAUUCGAUCCCUGUGAAUGUGUUUGCUCUCAUGAACAUGCGAUGAGAAGGCUGAUCAAUCUGCUGCGGCAGUCCCAGUCCUACUGCACCGACACAGAAUGUCUUCAGGAAUUACCAGGACCCUCUGGUGAUAAUGGCAUCAGUGUUACUAUGAUCUUGAUGGCUUGGAUGGUUAUUGCAGUGAUACUAUUCUUGCUGAGACCUCCUAAUCUAAGAGGAUCCAACCUACCUGGAAAGCCAACCAGUGCUAAUAAUGGGCAAGACCCACCAGCUCCUCCUGUGGACUAACUUUGUGAUAUUGGAAGUGAAAAUAGUUAACACCUUGCACGACCAAACGACCGAGCGAACGAAGAUGACCGGAGUACUCUUAACCCCAUUAGAACUGUUUUUCCUUUUGCAUCUGCAAUGUGGGAUGGUAUUGUUUUCAUGAGCUUCUCAGAAUUUCACUUGCAAACUUGGGGGGUUUUUUUGUUUG